AUGCCUCCCCAAAAGCAGAUGUACCAGAAGGAUGAGGUCGUGCUGUGUUUCCACCAUGACAUUUUAUACGAUGCGAAGAUCCUAGAUUCGAGGCUGGAGAAUCCAAAGGAUAAAAGUAGCUUAUACGAAUAUCGGGUUCAUUACAAAGGCUGGAAAAAUACAUGGGAUGAUUGGGUUGCCCAAGAUCGCCUUCGAAAAUACAAUGACGAAAAUAGAGAACUCGCGGCAACUCUUCGGCGACAAGCGGAGGCAGCCAUGCGGAGCAGGACAAAAUCCGGGAAGAAAAAGGCUGCCGAUGCGGCAUCGCGAGCUAGCGAAGAUCGGCCGUCUCGAAAACGGGGAAGAGAAACGGAGAUUGAAACAGAGGAGGAUUUUGACGCAAGGCCCACCAUACGCAUGCUUAUGCCCGAGAGACUCAAAGAGUAUCUUGUGGACGAUUGGGAGUUUGUCACAAAAGACAAGAGUGUGGUUCCGCUACCAGCAAAAUCGCCCGUAAACAGCGUACUUGAUCGCUACCUACAAGAGGAGAAGAAUAAUAGCACUAGAAACAGCCAAGCCGAGCAGGACGUGCUUCAAGAAGUGGUGGAUGGCCUUAAGAAAUACUUUGACAAAACGCUUGGGAGAAUUUUGCUCUAUGCCCUCGAAAGGCGACAGUAUGUUACAGAGCGGAAAAGAUGGGAGUCGAACGCCCCUGGUUAUGAAGGAAAAGGGGCUGCCGAUGUGUAUGGCGUGGAACAUCUAACAAGAAUGCUGUCACUUCUACCUGAACUCCUUGCCCAAACCAACCUUAGCCCACAGGCCACGAAUCGACUACGCAGAGAACUAGUAGUAUUCAUGCAAUGGCUCAGCAAACAUGCGGAUGAGCUUUUCACGGAAACUUACGAACCGCUCGACCGGGAUUAUGUCGAGGAGGUGGAAGAGCGGUAUCGACAGACGGAUGAACAUACUGGCACGGCGACUGCUAGAUUAUUCAGCGACAGGCCUGCCGAGCGCUUUCUUUCUGGGUUUAGUAGAAUGGGCAAGGGUAGGCUCGGUGGUGGGAACGGGGACGAAGGCGAGGAUGAUGAAGAGGAAGAAGAUGAGGACGAUGAAGAAGGUGACGAGGACGAUGAGGAGGAGGAUGAUGACGAUGAUGAUGAAGGCGAGGAUGACGAAGACGAAGACGAAGAGGAAGAAGAAGCCGAGUCUGAGUAA